AUGGAUCAAAUUCCUGCUAACACCAAGGACCUUGAGGCCCAGUUGCGUGGCAUGAUCUUGAGUAAUGUCACCAUGGGAGGCGAACAGAAUCAACUUGACAAUCAGCAACGUCAGCAUCGCGGACGCGGUCGUGGACGCGGCGGCUUCUAUCGUGGCUCAGGUCCGACUCUUCGUGGCGGUCAUGCUCAUCACAACAACACUGCAGGCGAACAGACCUACGCCAUGAACAUAGAAUCUCCCUCUGCUCGUGGUGGCAGGCCUGGUAGCAACUACAACGGCAUGGGUCCUCGCCACAAUCACGCCUACGCGCAGCAUCGAGAUGAUGCUCUUAUCCCGCAGGCCCUACAGCGGCCACGAGGUGGGUUCAAUCAGAUAGGGCAAACAACUAGAGGCCAUGGACCUCACCAGUAUACUCGUCCUCAAUAUGCUCAAAAUGGCUAUCAACACAGACCCAGAAUCGACUCAGCAUCGCAGGUGCAAUUCAUGGAAAGCAUCGUUGACCACGAGCUCCCGAAGGUUCGGAUGACUGAAAUCGAACUCUCAAAGCACAACACGUUCAGGAAAGGUCUCGAGGCCGUUUUCCAGCAGGCUUUCGCUGAGAACGGCGGUGAAGAUCUGGAUCACAUCGAGGGCAUCUCUCUGGUAGCAUUCGGCAGUUUAGGCUCAGGCUUCGGCCUACCGGGAUCUGACAUGGAUCUUGCCGUAGUUCCACAGUGGAAGGAUCCCGCACGCGCUGACGAGACGGACAUUGGUCCUAGAAUUCCUCGUCUUCUCGAAAAGGCGGUGCUCGAUGAAAAGAUGGGCGGCCGUCUGCUCACACGCACGCGUGUUCCGAUCCUGAAGGUAUGCCAGACACCAACGGAAGCACUUUAUACUUCUCUCAGCGACGAGCGCAAGAAGUGGGAAGCUCUACCCGAGGAAGAGAAAUAUCCUCGAACACCGCCGCCAAUUGACCCAACAGUACCACUGACUACAUCCGUUGAUUUUGGAACGGAGAAGGCUUUGGAGGCUGUGGAACAACGGAACAUCGCGAGCCCCAGACGGAGGUCUAGCGUUGCGACGACUGCAAUUGAUGCUGCGGCUGCCACAAAAAUCACGCAAGAGAACCAAAAUCGGCGAGAAAAGCAAUGGCACCGUGAGAAGGUCUUAGGUCCGCUCGACUUUCCCAAGACCGGCGUCGGCAUCCAGUGCGACAUCAACUUCGCCAACCCUCUCGGUAUCCAUAACACGCACAUGCUUCGUUGCUACUCUCUCACUGACUCUAGGGUUCAGCCCAUGGUAUUAUUCGUUAAGUCGUGGGCGAAGCGGCGCAAGAUUAACAGCGCCUACUCAGGGACUUUGUCUUCGUAUGGCUGGGUGUUGAUGGUUCUUCACUAUCUUGUGAACGUUACUUCACCACCGGUUUGUCCCAAUCUCCAACACCAUCUGCCCCAAGCAAUCGACAUGACAUCACUUGCUGAACGCUUCAAGGAUGUAAAGAAGAUCGGCGGCUAUGAUGUGAGAUUCUGGCGCAAUGAAGAGGAGAUCAUUCGAGCAGCACAGGAAGGACGACUGACUCAGAAUCGUCAGCCUCUUGCAUCACUCCUGUGUGGCUUCUUUCAAUACUUUGCUUCACAGGGAGCCUAUGGUCGUCAAAAUAGUUUCCACUGGACGCAGGAGGUACUUUCCCUUCGUUCGCUCGGUGGCAUUCUCAGCAAACAGGAGAAAGGCUGGGUCAGUGCUACUACCGUCGUCACUGCGGAGAAGAAGGUCACAAACCGAUAUCUUUUUGCAAUCGAAGACCCAUUCGAGAUCGAUCACAACGUCGCAAGAACUGUCACUCAUCGCGGUAUUGUCACGAUCCGUGAUGAGUUUCGUCGUGCCGGAAGGAUUCUGGGUGCUGUUGGCAGGGGUAUGGUACCUGAAGGCGGACUUUUUGACGAAGUCAUCGAAGAUACUCCAGCGCCAAUAACGAAAGUCGAGCAGCCAGUCGAGUAA